UUGUAAACUAAUGGCGGCGAAGGGCACCAACAAUGGGGUGAACAUGUUUUGAUGAUAACUUGUAUACAAAUGGAUACGCAGAAUUCCCCCAGUCCUUCGCAGUUUAAAUUAUACUUUCAUGCAGCUCAAUUUACUAUACUUGGAUCAUGACUAUAAAACGAAAAGAUUUUCAAAAGGCUGCUGCCUUUUUACAUGAAUUUCUCCUGAAGCUGAAUGAGGAAUCAGAAUGUGCAGAACUCAGGGAUGUUCUAAAUUUAGCACUGCUACAGUUACAGAAAUACUAUCGCCAGCUGCAGAAUCGAUCACAAGACAAAAAUGUAACAACUUUAUCACUAACUGCAAGGGGAUUAAGUCCCAUGACACCGUUUGUGGAUGCACCAGACAAAUUUCAAUGGAAAUGGCUAAACUUAGACAGUAUAAAAAAUAUAACUGGUGUAAGGACAGACGAAAGUAUGAACAUAACUGUGUUACCUCCCCUGAUUGAUGCUACAAAACAAGGAGAUUAUCACACUGUAAAAGAAUUGAUAGCUGAUGAUCCAUCACAUGUUGAGGAAAGAGAUGGCACUGGACGUACACCUUUAUAUUAUGCUAUACAUUUUAAACACAUGGAAAUUUUACAUCACUUAUUGGAAAAUAGCUGUGAAGUAAACACUUCAGCACAUGAUGGAUCAACUGCCUUACACCAAGCUUGCCAUGAUAGUAAUCAUGUAGGACUAAGUUUGUUGCUUCAGUGUGGGGGAGAUUUUACUAUCCAAGAUACACAAGGGAGAGCACCCAUACAUUGGGCAGUAACUACAAAGACAACAGAAUGUCUUAAGUAUUUGAUAGCCAACCAGGCAGAUGUCAAUGUAAGAGACAAAGAUGGAUUGACACCAUGUAUGUGGGCAUGUCGUCUGGAUCAUAUUAAACAUUUUGAACUAUUGACCUCAUCAAGAUCCUUCCGCCCAGAGGAACAUGAUGGAAUUGAACGAGAUAAUGGUGGAAGGACUUGGAUGCAUUGGUCUAUUAGAAGAACAGAACCUCUGGAAUGUUUACAGACUUUACUGACAGCAGAAACAGCCACUAUACAAGAUGAAGAUGGCAAAACAGUAUUACUGCUAGCUGCUGAAAUGGGUUCCCUGUUAGCUUGCAAGAUAAUAGUUGAGAUUGGAGGCUAUAAUCGUGUGCACGACAGAGAUAAUCAAGAUAGAACUGUGUUACAUUUGGCAGCCAUUGGUGGUCAUGGUGACGUCGUUAAUUAUCUGUUGGACAAGGGAGCUGAACUGGAGGCGAGGGAUAAGUUCAACAUUUCGCCAUGGGACUACGCCAAGAAUAAACAGUUACAUUAUUGUCAGUUGAUUAUAAUGUCACAUCAGAGACAGAGAUUAAAAAGUAAUCCCACAAGUCCUCUACCUAAUGGCCUCGGUCUGAGUCUUGGCAGUUUAAACGGGUACAUGAACGGUGAUGAUUAUGAUCACAUGAUUAAUACUCAAGACAGUUUUGAUAAUAUGCCAAUUACUCCACCUCAUCCUCCCAAACGACCAAGGACAGGGAGACAUCCAAUCAGAAGAUCCCAUAGUUUGACUUCUCCUGACAGAGGGCGCUCUUACAUUCCAGCAGACCAAGAAAGACUUAUUAUAAGUGCUGGUGGAGAUCUCCAACAAGGGAGAUCAUCCUUAACAAGUGACAGACCUAACUCCUAUUCUAAUAGAGAACAGUAUACAAGAAGGGAACCAGGGAGAGAAACAGGGAGAACAAAUGAAAGAAUAGAGGUUUCAUUAAAUCCCAGGCAAACCUCUGCAGAUGGCAGAAUACCUAGUGAACAUAGAAGGAGAGAUGAUAACAGAUUUGACCAUCCAAAUGGUCAUAGGCGGUCAGAUGAUAAUAGAUUUGACCAUCCCAAUGAUCAUAGACGGACAGAAGAUAACAGAUUUGACCAUUCAAAUGAUCAUAGGCGGCAGGAAGAUAAUAGAUUUGCCCAUCCAAAUGAUCAUAGGCAGACAGAAGAUAACAGAUUUGAACAUCCCAAUGAUCAUAGGCGGACAGAAGACAAUAGAUUUGACAAUCCCAAUGAUCAUAGGCGGACAGAAGACAAUAGAGUUGAUCCUCGAAGUGAUGAUCGAUUACACCAUUCGAACAAUAGAUUUGAAUCUUCUAGAGACAAUAGGUUUAAUUCUGAAGAAGGAUUAGACUCAGCAGAUGGUCGUUUUAAUUCAACUGUUGAUAGUGGAUUUCAUUCAAACGUUAAUAGACGAUUAAAUUCCACUGGGGAUGGACAUGACGACCGGAGAUUUAAUUCUGAAUAUGAAGUGCUAGACCGACCUAAUGAUGUCGAUAUGGAAGAUGAUAAUAGAUCCAAUCCAGACGAUGACAUUGAUAAUGUCAGUGUUGGUGGAAUGGAUGUAUCAGAUAUCGAGGAUGAUGAGAGAGGUCCUCCCAUGACAUCACGGAGGUCAGAUACGAGGUCAGACACAAGUGGGUCAGUGCACCAUCCUCGGCCACCACCUAGAAAAAAUCAACAGAAAUCCUAUGCACAGCCUUUGGAGCCUCCAUACAGACAGCAAAGCUCAUCACAAGAUUAUAACGAGUACCCAGAUGAUAGAAGGGAUAAUUUCCGUCAAAAUGACGUUUUAAGUCGUUCUGACGGAUUCCCAAAUAGCCGACAGGAUAAUUUUCCUAAAAAUAGAUCAAUGGAGUUCCCUGGCAACAAAUCUAUGCAACCAAUGCCUCCUUCAAAAUUUAACCAAAGAGUUAUUUCCCCUAAUUUCAAUCCUCCAUCGAACAGUAAUACUGACAACUUUCCGCCAGGGAAACCUAGGCCAGCACCAAGGCAACCAAGUAUGCCUAAGCCACGCCCACCUCCACGAAGAACGCCGUCCCCCACACAGCCUGGAUCUAGGGAUCAGAUAUACAGUCCACCACUGUCCAGUCAGAGCAAUGACUUACCUAUACAGAAACCAUCCCCUCCACCUCCAAUAGAUUCAAACAGACCUGAUUCUGGCUCUAAACCUCCAGGUGUUGUAGAAGGAAGACGUAUACCACCACCUAUGUUAAUGCCAUUAGAAAAUGCACCAAAACCUCCAAUGCUAAGUAUCCUCGAUAGAAAGACAGAAAAGAGGAAGAAGAGAAGAAAAAAGAAAGAAAGGGAUCAAGAAAGGGAGAGGGAACGAGAUUUGGAUCUGAAAUCUCCACCAAUGGAUAUUGAACCUCCCAGGGGAUAUGCUGCCCCACUCCAUCCACCCCCCUCAGCAACAUCCCGACCUCCAAGGGCACAGUCUGGUGUUCCUGCUCCAAAGUUCUCCAAACAACCACCUCAGAGGCAUGAACAAAGAUUGGUUUAUGAGAGCAUGGAUGAAGAAAUAAAAGAUGACUUCGAACCACCAAAAAUAAAUGGCCAUGCUGUUCCAAUAAAAGAAGGUCCUCCAAAAUCUGGAAAGCCUGUCCACCGUACACAGUCAUUGGAGAGUGAAGAUUUAGAAAUGGAAUUGAUUGGCCAGUCUUAUGAUACAAUUAAUGAAGAAGAUGAUCAAGCUGGGCCAUUGAUACCUCCUCCUAAAGGAUUUGGUACUCCAUCUAAAUCUCCAUCGGGGAGACCACUCUCACAUUCUAUUCCACAGGACAACAGAACAGCAAGAAUGACUCCUACAAGUGCUAAACCUCCACUUCCGCAGUCUGGUAGAUCCAGUGGACAGUCAGGCCGUACCAGUGCAUCGUACCGAAGGAAAAGUCCUUCACCUCAUCGGAGAUCACGCCCACCUACAGGGGGACGUUCUAGCAGUACUUCAUCAUAGUUUUAUAAUUAGUUUUUAUAUUCCGUCCAUAUUACAAUGACUAGUCUGUAUAUGUUAUUUAUUUAUUUGUGUAUUACAGAAUAUUGGAAUUUCCUAUUGAAAUUCUUAAAAAAACUUAUUUAUUUAGUUAGCAUUUUCUUCACAAAGUUUAAUAAAGUUUUAAAUCUACAUUCAGUUGUAACUAACCCAUGGUUCCACUAGAACUUAGAAAAGAAAUUAAGAAAAUGUGAAACCAAUUAAGGUUUCUUUUUUAAAGAAAUAACUGGAUUGUUUCCCUUUAGAUUAAUGGAAUUAGAUGGUAGUUGCAUCAUCAAAAUGAUGAUAGAAAAUAGGAGUUUUAAAAUUAAAGGAUUGUUUGUCCCUCUGUUUCAAAAUAACAAUCUGUUUUUUUAAGACUAUGAUAAAUUGAGAGUUUGUAGACAACAAAUUUAAAAAGAAAACAUGUCCUUGUUUUUUAGAUAUAAUUCUAGGCACAUUUAGUCUUUCAAAAAGUAAGAAAAAAAAGGCCAGGAGGUUAUUACAUUUUUGGGGGGGAUAUGACCUUUAUUGGGACCCUGGGAUCAGGUGUUUUUAAGCUCGGGAUUUCGGAAUUGACCCUUUCGGGAUCUGUGAAUUCUAUUUUUCGAUUUUUCGGGACCUCAGGAUUUCAUAUUCUUAAGCCUGGGAUUUCAGGAUUUUUGGAUUUUAAGCCCAGUAUUCAGUAUCAGGGCCCCUCCUAACCCCCCUCAUUUUUUUAAAACUACAGCUAGGAUUCUGAAUCUGUUUCAAAUCGUUUAAAACAAGAGUAGCAAACAACCCUAAAUAAAAUUAAUUGAUAAAACAAUUAUUUCAUAACUUAAAAAAUAUGAUUAGUGUGAAUUUUGAACUAAAAUAUUGAA